UGCCGGACCGUCGCAACAUUAACAGCUGUUCGAAAACAACAAUAACAGGUGUCCACUGUGAACCUUUGUGCUUUAGAACAUAGAAAACAUGCGACAAGCUCAUCGACUGCAGCAACUCCUACACUUGGGCAGCAGACUUCGUAUUAGACGAUUUGGCAGUCAAAAUCAAGUUACACAGAGAAGUGGGAGGAGAUCAUUUCCCAUUGGACGGGUGGGCCUGAUCGUGGCCGGUGUCGGUGCCAUUGGCUAUGAUGGCAUUGUCAACGACUUUACGUACUGUGGGGCGUCUGUUCGCUUUGUGCGCUCUCUGAAAACAGCUGGACUAAUUGCGGCGGACUAUCUGUGGCUGGACGAGCACGAUGCCGAGUACGAUACCAGGCUAAAGGCGCUGCACCAGAAGAGUGCCGAGCGCCUGCUGGAGACGUGUCUGCUCAAUGGUGGCCUUUACAUAAAGAUGGGCCAGGGCUUUGCGGCCAUCAAUCACAUACUGCCGAUUGAGUACACCAGCACACUUUCAAGGCUGCAAGACAAAUGUCUGCCGACGACAAAAGCCGAUGUGCGUAAGGUGUUCCACAAGGACUUUGGCCAGCUGCCUGAGCAAAUCUACGAGGAUUUUAACUACGAGCCAGUGGCUGCAGCCAGCCUGGCGCAAGUGUUCCAUGCUAAGCUGCCGAGUGGCGAGCCGGUGGCCGUUAAGGUGCAGUACAGCGAUCUGCAGAAGCGCUUCAUCAGCGACCUGGGCACCAUCAUGUUUCUGCAGGACAUCAUCGAGUUCUUCUUCAAGGACUACAACUUCGGUUGGAUUAUGAGGGAUCUGCGCAAGAAUCUGGUCCAGGAGAUGAACUUUGUGCAGGAGGGCCACAAUGCCGAGCGUUGCGCCGACGAUAUGAAGAAGUUCGACUUUGUUCGUGUGCCAAAAGUCUACUGGCCGUUUACCAAGACGCGCGUUCUCACCCUUGAAUGGAUGGAUGGUUGUAAGAUCAGCGACCUUGAGGCAAUUGCUGCCCGAAAGCUGAGCUUGCAGGACAUCGAUGUGAAGCUAUUCAACACGUUUGCCGAGCAAAUCUUCCACACCGGCUUUGUGCACGCCGAUCCGCAUCCCGGCAACAUUUUUGUGCGCAGAAAUGAAAGCAGUGGGAGAGCCGACAUCAUUCUACUGGACCAUGGCUUGUACGAGGAGCUGCCGGCCGAGGUGCGUGGCCCGCUCUGUGAGUUCUGGGAGGCCACCGUGUUGCGCAACGAAAUGAAGAUGCAGGCUGCCGCCGAGAAGAUUGGCAUCGUUGACUACAUGCGCUUCGCCGAGGUGCUGUUCCAGCAGCCCAUUCGCAUCCGCGGUGGCACCAUCCGAAGCAAAUUGUCCGAGGAGGACAUCCAGCACAUGCAGGAGGUGGCAAGGAAGAAUUUCGAAUCCAUAAUGGGCACUCUAAAGGAAAUGCCGCGCAGCAUGCUGUUUGUGGUCCGCAACCUGAACACUGUGCGCGCCAUUAGCCACCAGCAUGGCGAUGUGGUGAAUCGGCCUCGUGUCAUGGCCCGCUACGCCCAGCGUUGUCUCUACAUGCAGCACGGUCGGACGUCGCCGUUCCAGUACUUCCGCUGGCUGUGUCGCCGUGCCUACUUUGAGUAUUGCCUGUGGGCGUCCGCUUUCAGGCUGCGGCUCAUAAAUAUGUACUUCAAUGCGCUGUAUCUAGUGGGACGUGCACCCGCAUCGGCCAGGACAGUUAUGCGGGAUAUGUUGAGCCAGCCAGAGGGUCCCACGAUUCCAAGCUGAAUCAGCGGCAAUUUUGUAAUUAUUUAACCUCUAAGUUAAGCAACAAGGUGUAGGGAAUGUUGUGUAUUAUGUUAGGUCUAUUGCAUAAGAUAUAUGUAGCUCAUGUUGUUCCGUAAGCCAAUUAAAUGUCAAUCCAAGUUAA